AUGAAAGAAGAGGCAAAUGUUAAUUCUGGUAGUUCAAUGUAUGGUGUUGAACUGCUGCAUCGUAGUGAAGUGCAUGAUUUAUUAAAAUGUGCGGGAUUAUUUGAAAAAUUAUUGAUACGUACACAAAGUGAAACUGAUAAGUCAUUAUCACGUCCGAAUUCAGGCUUUUCAAAAACACUUGGUAUCAAAUGGGUUACACCUAAAACAUCAGAUGCAAAUUUCUUGCGAUUUGCUGUUGCAACUUAUCGUGUUACAGUAGCUGAUGUUUGUCAUAGAGCAUCUACUUGUUUAUCUCAGUUUGUAUUAAGCGGUCGGUCUGUUGCCUUGGCUCAUCGGAUUGAUUGCCCUUCUCGAGUUCUACCGAAGCAUAUGAAUAUCCUGUCGUCUUGUUCAACAGAUGAAGCUCUUCUACUCACUUGUCAUGGAUCUGUAAUGUAUAUACAUGUUUUAGCUACAAUAUUUCCAAUGUGUCAUCCUCAGAAUAUUCCUUUAAAGCCUGAUCUGAACUUACAAUCAAUGGAUUAUCGUACACAAGCCUUUAUUGAUCAUAUUCUGCGCCCGUCUCGUUUAGCUCCAGCCUCGGCUAGAUUGAAUUAUUCUGUACUUCCAAAAGAAAGAGCUCGUCAACAUAUUGAACGUCAAACAAGAUACUGGCCACUUAUGGAAUCACAAACCUUGUUGGGAAAGAAUAAGUUAGCAGGCCCAAUAUUUGAACACUUACCGAAAGAAUACCUGGAACCGAAUGAAGUAUCUGCUUGUGAAGAAGCUGUAGUGAAUAUUUUAAACUCAAUUAAACAGUAUGUCUGCUUGUCGGAUUCCAAGAAAACCACUACAAAACGAGGUCCUUCUGGCGCUUUGCCUGUAGCACCGACACUACAAGCUGAAGCUAUCGCACUAGCUACUGAAUUCGAUUAUAUUCUCUCCUUGUACAGUGAUAUAUCCACGGAACAUGAACAAAUACGCAAUUUUUGGAUACAAUCAAUAAGUUCAAUGAAAAGUGAUGCAUCUAGUGGAUUAAAUCGUCCCAAUGGAAAUGAUUUCACUGCAUUGAAUCUUACAGAAAUGAUACGUUUAGCCAGAACUGUUGUCUGUGAUCAAAUCGAUGCCAGGGAAUCAAGUAUUAUUCCACCUGCACUGAUUAAAACUAUGAAAAGUUUAACAAUUCUAUGUGAACGUCUUCGUGUACGUACAGAUUCGAAAGGAGUUAAUCAAAUGCAUCAUAGAUUCUCCAGUGACCAGUCACCCAAAGUAAAGGUCGUGAUUGAACCUGCUGAUCGUUCAACAUUCAUCGACUACUUGAAAGCUUCAAAACGUCCACGCACAAAGAUGGAGAAAUUAGACUUUGUCGGUGUACUAACUGCCGAUUCAAAGGGUGUAUGUCAGUUGUAUAAAAAUUUAAAAGAUAAAGAGAAAUCUGUUACUAAUGCUGAUUAG